AUGGCACUAUUUUCUCGUCCAGCUGCAUCUUCACUGAUUCAGAUUAAUCGUUCCAUCCCCUCAUUUUCUCUCACUAAAAGAAUUUCAUUUAGCAAGUUCUUCCAUUUCAAGCGGAUUCUCCAAGCUUCCCUGCGUUCUGGUCCGGCAAGUUAUGAAAGUGGAGGACAAGCUUCUAUUGAGCAAUCUGAAAUCAUUUUUUUGGGGACAGGAACCAGUGAAGGAAUUCCACGUGUUAGCUGUCUCACCGAUCCUAUUAAGAAAUGUCCAGUUUGUUCAAAAGCCGUGGAACCAGGUAACAAAAACAGGAGACUUAACACAAGUCUGCUCAUUCGUGUCCCUAGGCCGUCGGGAAGCUGCAACAUUCUUAUUGAUGCUGGCAAGUUCUUCUACCAUAGUGCUCUAAAAUGGUUUCCAACUUACGGGUAA